CCAUUUGUGACGUCAGCGCGGCAGAGAGGAAUACUGGGAGAGCCGGAAGCACCGCAGAGGAAGAGCAGAUCCCUGUAACCACCCUACCUGCGCAUCAACGGACCACCGGGGAUUUCCUACACUGAGUCCGACUGGUCGGGGAUACCUGUCACGCGCGUGUUGCUCUGACCAUGUGGAAGGCGGCAGCAGGACAGUCGGUCAACGUGGCGGUGAAGGAGGACGGGGACGACUGGGAGACGGACCCCGACUUCGAGAAUGACGUGUCGGAGAGGGAGCAGCGCUGGGGGGCCAAGACGGUGGAGGGCUCGGGGCACCAGGAGCACAUAGACAUCCACCGGCUGCGUGAGACGGUGUCCACGGAGCACACCAGCCAGAAGCAGAAGGAGCAGGACGCCAUGCCCAAGGCCUCGCACGGCUACGGAGGCAAGUUUGGAGUGCAGCAGGACCGCAUGGACAAGUCGGCCGUGGGUCACGACUACCAGAGCAAGCUGUCCAAGCACUGCUCCCAGACGGACACGUCCAAGGGCUUCGGGGGCAAGUUCGGGGUGCAGGCGGACCGCGUGGACCAGUCGGCUGUCGGGUUCGAGUACGCCGGGAAGACGGAGAAACACGCUUCACAGAGAGACUACACCACAGGGUUUGGGGGGCGAUACGGCGUGCAGGCGGACCGCGUGGACCAGAGCGCGAUGGGCUUCGAUUACCAGGGAAAAACCGAGAAGCACGACUCCCAGAAAGAUUACACAAAGGGCUUCGGGGGGAAGUUUGGUGUUGAGACGGACAAAGUGGACAAGAGCGCCGUGGGCUUCGAGUACCAGGGGAAGACGGAGAGACACGAGUCCCAGAAAGACUACGUGAAGGGCUUCGGGGGGAAGUUCGGGCUGCAGACGGACCGGCAGGACAAGUCGGCGCUGGGAUGGGACCACCAGGAGAAGCUCCAGCUGCACGAGUCCCAGAAAGACUAUAAGCGGGGCUUUGGAGGACAGUUUGGGGUAGAGAAGGAGAAGCAGGACCAGUGUGCUCUGGGCUACGAGCACAAGGAGCGCCCGGCUCAGCACGAGUCCCAGAAAGAUUACUCCAAGGGCUUUGGUGGGAAGUUUGGGGUUCAGAAUGACCGCAUGGAUAAGAGUGCUGGUACCUUCGAGGACGUGGAGAAGGUGUCCUCGUCUUACCAGAAGACCAAACCCACGGAGGCCGCGGCCAACAGCACGGGGAGCAUCAAGGCCCGCUUCGAGAACAUCGCCAAGCAGAAGGAGGAGGAGGACAGGAAGCAGGCCGAGGAGGAGCGAGGCCGCCGGCAGGCCAAGGAGAAGCAGGAGCAGGAGGAGGCCCGUCGGAAGAUCCAAGAGGCCGCCAAGGCCCCCUCCCCCGAGCCCUCGCCGACCCCCUCCCCCGUCGCCAGUCCCAGUCCCAGUCCGACCCCACCAGUCCAGCCGGCGGCCGCCCUGGUCCCCCAUACGCAGGUGUUGUCCCGGGAUGAGGUGGAGGAGCAGCUGUACGAGAUGGAGCCUCAGAUUGAGGAGGACCUCUACCAGAACCCCCAGGAGACGGCCCCAGCAGACGGUCAGUACGGCGGCGAAGACCUCGGCGUGACAGCGGUGGCGCUGUACGACUACCAAGCAGCCGGCGAGGACGAGAUCUCCUUCGACCCCGAUGACAUCAUCACCAACAUCGAGAUGAUUGACGAGGGCUGGUGGCGGGGCGUCUGCCGCGGCGCCUACGGCCUUUUCCCCGCCAACUACGUGGAGGUUCGGCAAUGAGGACGCCGUUGCCGUGACGACCCGCGUCCGUGUCCUUUUUCUCUCUUCACCUAGUGUCUCUUAGCCGCCUCCCCCCCGCUGCUGCUUCCUCCUCACCGCUGCCUCCUUCAGACCCUUCAGACCCCCCCCCCCCCCCCCAGGACAUCUGACCGAGGACCAAAAAGCAGCUUCGCCUCCUUGUAGUCAGCACAGGAGUUUAACGCCCCCCCCCCCCCCAUAAGACCUGUGAUCGAUUCCAUAUUGUGAUUAUUAAUUAUUAUUAUAAUCAUCUGCACAGAACAAACCAGGCGUCGACUAAUUCUGUGUUUGUGUGAUUGAGAGAUUAAAUUCAUUUUUGGGGUUUUAUAAUAAAUAAAUAUAAAGUGACCUUUUCAAAUACAUUAUUUUUAUCUGUAUCUUCGUUUGCUUAAGUCACAUCAGCUUUUUGUUUCAAUAAAUAAACUAUGGAUUAUCA